UUUCCUUUUGGUUUCUGUAUUUUCCAUGGUUGAUAGCUUAGAGGUUAGGAUAGCUUGCCCGUCGAUCUCCUUCCUUUUUGCGCGUCUAGGGGGAUCUUUGGGUACUUACCCUUUUUUGGAAAAUUUUGUGUACGAAGGCAAUAGUCUGAGCGUCGUUUUGAGUGAGUUGUUACCGUUGCUCCGUCAAUCGCUAAAUUGGUUUGAGGGUUUAGGAGGGAGAAGAUUAAUGUCUGAGGUUAGGUCUAGUGACCUCGAGACUGGGCUAUCGUCCAGUGGUGGCCCGGCUGAAGGAGAUACCGCCGUCUCUGGUUCUCGAGAGGUUAGGGCUUUUUAUGCCCUUAGGGAGAUUUGUGGUCUGGAUGACGAGACCGUGAAUAGAUUUAAGGAUAGGUUUCAAUUUUCGUCUAGGGUUCGUGUUCGUCGUCCCAGGGAAGAAGAUAGGGCUUGUCACUUCUUUCCAGGCGAAAUAUGUUUUUAUGAGUCAGCCUUCACCUGUGGGCUUAGGUUCCCCGUCCACCCGUUCCUGAUGGAACUUUUAGAUCAUUUUGGUAUAGCCCCUGGACAGCUCAUGCCAAACUCGUGGAGGAUCGUCAUUAACUGUAUGCAAAUAUGGUUGGCCUCCAACGGGGAUAUGAUCAGGAUAGGUGAGCUCACCUACCUGUAUCGUUUGAAAGAGUCUAAAGAGUGGGGAUAUUACGAAUUAGUCCCUUGGGAGAGAAAGAUUAAGAUCGUCAAGGGAUUGCCUUCGUCAUUCAGGUAUUGGAAGUCGCGCUUUUUCUUUGUGUCUGGGGACGACUUCGAGACCCAAUCUAGCAGUGAUUGGGGUGAUAUCCCGAGGUUGCUCCGUCGGUGGGGAACCCCGACCUUAGUUAAGAGACGGCCUGGGCUGAAGAGACGAUAUAAGGAACGCAUAGAGACCGCCAUCGGGUACGCUGAGACGAUUGAGAGCUGGGACGAGCUGGUUGACCCUCGAUCUCUUGCGUUUUACAACCUUGGUCCUGACCCAUCUCCUUUCGUUCUUCGUCAGCUUGGCAUUGAAGGAAAAAAGAAGAUGACGACCAAGUUUAACAAGGACAUGUAUGCAAAGAUGAGGUCAAAGAAGGACGAACCCCUGUCCAACUUGGGGAAGAAGACCGUGCGAGUUACCGGGAAGGGUUCUGCCUCCAUCCCGUUCAGCAUUGUUCCUUCCAUAGCCUCUGAAACGACGAGGACUGCCUCCCCGACCGUUUCAAUAGAAGAGAUUCCUACUCCUGGCUCUAAAAGGCCGCGCGUGGUUGGCAAAGGAAAGGAGAAGACUGAUACUCGUCCGUCCACCAUAUGGGAUGACGAGUCAUUGGCUGUGGAAAGAGCUCACGAGGUCGUUACUUCAGCGGACUUGAAGGCUCUAUCUGACUUGUCCUUAAACGAUGUGGCUUCUCGUCACGUCCACAAACUGGUCCAGGUGUUGGGAGAGAGUAUCCAUAUCACUGCUGAGUACCUCACUCAAGGGGCCAAGGUGGCGUCUCUGGCGACCCGGAUGGAGGCUCAGGAGAAGGAGAACUCUGACCUGAGGACGAACCUGAUUACUUCUAUGGACGAGGCCACGACACUGAAGGAGAAGGUCAAGGUGCUGGAGGACGACCUCAGAGUUGAGCGCGGGUUGACUCAGGAGAAGGACGAGCAACUUCAGGCAGCCAAGGAGAAACUAGUGAACAUCGCCGCUCGAUCCGUGGAGGCUUUCCAGACCACUGAUGAGUACAACACCGUGCUCUUCAGCUGGUAUUUUAAGGGAUUUGAGCUUCUCCGGAGGUACAUGAUCAAGCAUCCUUCCGGAGUCAACCUGGAGAGCCUGGAUUUGGAGGAGGUGGACAAGGAAAUGGCCCUGGAGGAGGCGGCUUCGUCUUCUGCCCCCGGUGAUGAUGUUCCUGAACCCGUUGCUGACGUGCCGGCCAGUGAAGGCACAGCUGAUGCUUGACUC